GGAGAAGAAACAGCAACAGCCGUCAUCUUCUCCUCUUUCUCUUCCUCCGAACUGCGUGUUCGAAGAGUCUGAGACGUGUUUCGCCGCGAAAAGUCUUCCCCACGCAAGCCCCACACUGUGAGUCAGUGGGGGAAACCGGCAAGAAGAACCCAAGCGGGGAGUCAGUCAGAGGCAGAGCGGUGAGGCGACGCUUCACCGACCACGCCAUGACCGAGCCAUCAUCGAGCGCCGCAGCUGCAGCGGCUGCUGGUUCAGCAGGGAACCACGUGGGGUUUCAGCAGCAGCAUGGGGGUGGACCAGGCGCGCCGAGGCGUCCGCCGUCGGAGCUGGUGCUGUCUUCAGAGACCAAUGUUGCAGGUGGGGGUGUGUCGAGUGGGGCGGUUGGGGCGGGUGCAGGGGCAGGGGGAGGCUCAGCGGUGCCAGGGGGACCCGGUGAGGAGGCGAAGAGGGAGGUGCCGAAGAGCAAGAAGAGCGUCAUGUGGACCGAGGAGGUGCUGCAGCGGUACCAGCAGAGAAACAUCUUCCUCCUGCCUCCUAGACCACCAAUGCCACAGGUCAGUCAGGCCGGCAGGCCGGGAGGGAGGGAGGAAGGGAGGGAGACUCCAACAAAUGGAUGGAUGGAUAGAAAAGGAUGUGUGUGUGUGUGUGUGUGUUCAGACGCCGAUGCGUGGAAGGACUUUUCAGCUGCAUACCGGGGGUAUGAUCCCUCCUGAACUGCACUAUGAGUACGACCCCAUCAUGGGAUACCUCACGCCGCCGCACGCGACGCUGCCACAGGUGAGCGAGUGAGUCGUGAGAGGGUCAGCUAGGCCUUUUCUCUAGAAACACGUGUCUCCUUCUCCCCCCUCUCUCUCUUUCUGUCGUGUGCAGACUCCCAUGCGCGGCCACACGACCACAUUUGGCGGCCCCACAUCGUUUCAGAUAGCGUACCCCACCAACUGGCUGUGGUCCGUUGUGGGGUCGAGAGCGCCGUCCGUCUCAAGCAACCACUCUUUGCCUUCAGAGGCCGCGUAAGGAAAGAAAGGAAGCAGAGACACACUCAUACACAAGGACCGGUUUUGCCUCCCUAUGUGUCUCGAACAUCACGUCAGGAGCUCUCCCUUCUUUCGUGGCUACACCGUGGGCAGCGGCGGGUUCCAGUACCACCCCGCCGCAGUGCCGCCCGCCUACCACCACCUGACGCCAUCACUCCAGUACCUGCACCUGCAGACACACGCCCAACAGAUGAUGCCGCCCUUCCAGGGACCCCCCUCGCCCCCCUACGCCUACUCGUAUGGCCAUCAUGGCCACCACCAGCACCACCAGCAGUAUGUGGUGCCGUCGCUGUACGGCAGCCUGCCGGCGCAUCUCAACCUGCACGUGGGCGGCCACCGCACCCCGGGCGGCCCGCACACACACGCACCCGGACACGCGCAGCUGCACCCAGCAGCAGCAGCAGCAGCAGGGUUUCCGCCGGUGCCGUUCCCGGGGUACCAAGGGGGGUAUCACUACUCGCAGCCCCAGCCGGUGAACACGUAUGUGUUCCACCAGCUGGGGCUGAUGACGCCCGCCCACGGGGCUGCGUCGGUGGCGACCAGCGGGCCGUCGAGCCCUGCGAGGGAGAGAAGGCCGAGUGCGCCGAGCGUUUAUCGGUAUUGAUUGCCUGACUGUUGGCUGGAUGAAUGGAUUGAUGGAUGAAUGGCUUGGCUUGGAUUGGCUUGGAUUAGCUUGGCUGAAUUGCUUGAAUGAACUGGUUGAGUGAGUGGGUUGGUGGCGAGAUGGGUGCGAUGCC